AUGAGUCAAAAUCGCCAGUUGCAGGAGUUAUAUUAUGAAGAUUAUAUGCAGAAGGGCCGUUGUCGCCAUCAAGAUUGGUCACAACGCUGGCAGAAUAAAAUAAUAGGGUGGCAUUUGUCACAAGUGAAUCCCUAUCUAAAUGAAAAUUAUCAAGUUUACUUGAAAAAUAAUGAUAAUCCCCAUUCGUCGAUAUUUGUACCCCUAUGUGGUAAAAGUCUUGAUAUGAUUUGGCUUGCUCAGAAAGGUCAUCAAGUGGUAGGCGUUGAAGUAGUCGAGCAACCUUGUCAUGAUUUCUUCAAAGAGAAUGAGAUUACAUACAAAGUCCAAGAUUUACAGGGCGUAGAGGGGAAAAUAUUAACCAGUCAAGAUCCUAAAAUAAAUAUUACAAUAUACAAUUGUGAUUAUUUUGCUUUGACAUCUAGCUUAUUAGGCUUUCGAUUUGAUAGUGUUUGGGAUCGUGCCGCUUUUGUUGCUAUCAGUCCAGAUUUACACAGUAAUUAUGCCAAACACUUAGCUUCCUUAAUGGCUCCUUCUGGUCGUGGAUUAUUAAUCGCUGUAGAUUAUGAUAUUAAUGAACAUAUUCAUCCUGGACCGCCAUUUUAUACUCCUGAUACUCUUGUACAUUCUAUUUUUUCACCAUUUACAUCUGUACAAAGGUUAUCGUCGUUUCUGUUAACAGCAUCGCCACCUACUACAUUAUUCUAUACUCUACCCUUUACCUCGAAAAUCUUGAUUGAAUUGGAAGAUGUGCUUAGACAAAUGCACGAAAGAUAUAUUGCCGUUUCAGCGGCAUUUCUGGAUAUGUCAUAG